AUGGUGGAGCUUCAGUCUUGUGCUAGAUUGGUCAAUAGUUCUGCAUUAUGCGCGAUAGAGGGAGGAAUGAAAGGAGAGAGUGUCGAUGUUAUUGCAGAGAUUUCAAUUGAAUUAGAAAGGGAAAGACAGAAAAAUGCAGAACUUCUGCAGAGAAUACUAAUGCUUGAAGCUCAGUUACAGGAAAAGGAGAAUGAACCUCCUCGAACAAAUGGACAGGGAGGUUGCUCAAAUGCAAUGGAAAGAAACUUCAAGAAGUUCAAGAGACAGAAGAUUGAAGUCACUAGUAACACAACUGAGGAUGGUACUAUUACUAUUGUCCAAGCUGAAAUUGCUGCAGAGAAGAAGCAUCAUAUUGAACCCUUUGUCCUUGAUGAAGAUCCAAUUGUAGAUGACCGUCUAGUCAACUGGAUGAGCAUGGAGGAAACACAGGUUUUGCUUUCUGAAAAAACAAAGGAUAGUGAUCAUUCAUCUCCAGAUUGUGAUGAAACUGAUGAUAGUGAUGAUGAAGAUGAAGGUUAUCGAGAAGAAGAUGGUAUUAACAAUGACCAUAAAGAAGCUGAUGAAACUUCAAGACUUGUUGAUGAACUGAUUUAUGGAGUUGCUGAUAAGGGUUCAGAUGCACGGUGUGCAGAAAGUAUAUCAGCUGCAGGUAGUCCACUGUUUUCAAAUGCGAACCGCGAAACCAAUGAAGAACUACCAAUAGGGCCAGUUUGUAAUGAGAUUGAAAUUAGAAACCCAAACAAGACAGAAACCAAAGAUUUUGGAAGUUUCAAGGUACCAACUAGUAUCCCAACUUCGGCGAAGGAGUUUCAUCAUACAGGAACUGGGAGCCUAUCACAACAUAAAAAGCCUCCAAAGUUGGCAUUUUGUCCAAAAGAAGUGAAGAGAAUAAUUGACUCGGAAUCCCUUUUACAGAAAAAUGCUCAUUCACACACAAUAAGGAAGAUCAUAGUUUUUGCAUCUCUUGGUAUAAGGCAUGGUUGUGAAGAUAUAUAUGACUUAGACUUCAACCAUUUCAGCAUUUUAAGGAAAGGAGAGCAGUACAUGUCUGCAACAGAUCCUGGGGAACAUGUUCUAUAUGAGAAUCCUGGUGUUCGGAGGAAGAUAUUUUAUCCAAACCGAAAGAACCCUACACUAUGUCCAGUUCAAAUACUAGAGGAAGAGAAUUCUAUGCGCCCGUCGGAUCCUAACUGCCCAUCCAGCUUAUUUCUAUGCAUCAAGUACGGUGGAAGGACAAGAAACCUUCCCCAAAAUGAAUAUGUCAGACAGCGUAUGGGAAGAAACAAGCUUAAGUCUUUCGGGCCAUUGAUGUGUCGAAUGGCAAUGCUAGCUAAUGUUCGCAGUGGGAGCUUCUUCUUCAAAGCCUUGGGAAUCACACUUCUUUUCAUGGCUGGUUUUCCUGAUGACCUGGUUCAAAGGGAAACCAAAUACCGAAACUUAGACUUGAUUCAAAAAUAUUAUAGGACAGAUGAGGAUGCUGAAGGAGAGGAAUUAUUUCUUGCACAACCUAUGACAGAUGAUGAGACUCAGUUUUGUGGCAAGAUUUCUUCAACAAAAACAAAGGGAAAGAAACAGACUCACUCUAACAGUAAGCCUCAAAUUAUGCAGAAGACCUCAUUCCCAAAUAGUACAUUUUCAAGCUCUUCACCUCAAUUUGGACUAAUGAAUCAUACCUCUAUUCCCCCAUUAGCUGCUCCACCAAUUUCAAACACUGUGAUCACCAAUGCUGGUACCAAUAUCUCCUAUCAUAGUCCAAACCCCUAUCACAUUUUUCCUCCACAACCAUCAAACACUUUCAUGCCUAUGGUAUAUUGGCCUCCCCCAAACACAUUUUCUCCUGGCCUACCUUAUCAACCUACAUAUGGUUACCGAUCUUACCCUUCUGCUGGAAAUUACUUCCUUCAUCCACAGCCUUAUUACAACCAUCCAUCCUGUGGUCCAUUGAUCCCCAAAACGGUAGAAGUAGCAGGGAAAAAUGGCAUGGCUUCAGAGGAAGCUGCUGAUAGUGAUUAUGAUUGUAGCUCAAGCAGUAUAGAGCCAAAGAAGAACUAG